UUCCGGUGUCUUUAAAUUCUCAGCCAUUAAUCUGCUUGAACGCUGCGAGUGAAUUUAGCUACAUCUGAUCUGAUUGAACGAUGGAUAUACCCAUCAGUUAAUGUUCGAGAAAAACCCUGGACCAUCAAACGACCAGCUCUGGAUCUGAUAGCCGCCUGCGACUCGAUCAAAACGGUCGUUUUAGUUCCUCUUUAUUUUGCCGCAGUCAGAAAUUAUUCCAGCUCAAGGCCAGCGGUCGCGCGCACUGUUUUCUGCUCCUACAGCCUUUCACAUCUCUCACCUCAUAAACUAAACACAUCUCGUGUUUGAUGGUAUGCAGAUCUGGAUUUCUAACACAGAUUCGGUGUCGAGCUGAUAUAUAAUGCUGUUCCAGUAAUACAAACACUAGUUUGGCUUGAAGUCAAGUAGAGCAAAGGCUGUGCGAGGCAGAGAAAGGCCAGAGGGAGAAGACGUAUACUGAGUCUUUGUGCCAGGGGUUGUGCUCCCCGUCCCCACUUACUGCUGGUCACCCAUCGAUUCCUGGCUGCCUUCCACCUCUGAUCACAGCCAUGACCUCUCAGAGAGACCCUGACACAGUGAAUCUACGGCUGAUCCUUGUGAGUGGGAAGACACAGGAUUUCACUUUCUCUCCAAAUGACUCUGCCACAGAAAUUGCCCAGCAUGUUUUUGAGAACUGGCCGGCAGGCUGGGAGGAGGAGAGCGUGAGCAGCCCCAGUAUCCUGAGGCUGAUCUUCCAGGGCCGCUUCCUGCAUGGCAAUGUCACACUAGGAGCUCUGAAGUUGCCCCCUGGCCGAACAACUGUCAUGCACUUGGUUGCCAGAGAGACACUGCCAGAGCCGAACUCCCAUGGCCAGAGGAACAGGGAGAAGACUACAGAGAGCAGCUGCUGUCUACUGCUGUAAAACCCAGACAACCUUCCCCCACCUCCUCCUCGUCCUUCAGCUCACCAACCCGUGGUGCAUUCUGGAUGAUUACAGAAGAGCUCCAGGGAGAGUGCGACUAGGUUUUCGUUCAGUGUUUUUGCUCUGUAUAGUAGCUGGAGACUCUCUUGUGCCAAGUUGAUCAAAUCUCAUGUUUGCCUUCGUUUGGUUUUCUCGUUUCGUUUGUUUGCCAAAUUUACUUGCUUAGUGAAGUGGCCGUUUGUUUCCAGGCCUCCUGAAAAUGUUAAACUGUGCAAAUAUGAAAUACCUGAAUCAUUGAAAGGAAAUUAUGUAAACGGAUGUGUGAACAGGUUUUUAGGGGGAUGUCCUGUACUCGAGAGACCUUCUGCUCUCCCAACACCCAAGUGUCAGAGUUUUCACUUGGAUCACACGUCUGACUCAGACGAAGCUUAACAUGCGUCAUAAUCUCAGACUUUUGAUUGCACUUAACACGGAUCCUUAUCUGAAGUUACUAUAUGUGUGUUGUAGUCUUAAUCUUCCCGCCUGCCUCAAACAGAAGGAGCUUACGGAGAGAGAGAGAGGUGUGAUGACACAAGCGCCAGUCUGUUGCUGUGGACCGAGGGAGUCUGCUGUAGCGCUGGUGGAUUUGAUGUGCCGUGGCCGCCUACGUUUCUUGCCUUUGUCCUAGGACCAAUCGAGAGUAGAUCUCAAAGUCGCCAGACUCCUCUUACUGAUCAGUUGCGUUGACAUCUGUGCAUGACCCUAGUCUAGUGUUUCCUCGCCCUGGGUGUGUACCAGCCACCUUUAAAAACCAUUCACUCCGUGUCUGCUUGAAUAGCGUUUUUUAUUUUCCUCGUCUCUGCUGAAGAAGCAUGCGGGAAGGUUGGUGAUUUUGUUCUUGAUGUGAAAUGACACAAACUAUUCUUCUUGCCCAGUCAGGAUAUAUCAUCCGUAUCCUCUCCCAUGCUCGUCUAACGUGCGUCCUGAGGGACAAAGCCCAGGUGCGAAGAAUAAGGAAAUCAUCAGAAAGCCUCUGUCUGGAGCGAAGGGCUGGGCUGGUAAAAGCCCCCAUUAUAAGCACUAUGGAUCAUGGACCCCCUGCUGCGCUGUAUGGUUAGAGGUGAAGAUGUGCACCGGGAACGGCCACCACUAAUGGCCUCCCACUGGGCUGGAAGAAAAAAAAAAAGAGUUUUAUUUCCUAAUGUUUGUAUGCCGUCUGUUUUGUUUGGCUUUUGAUUGUGGAAAAUUAAUAUUAUUAAUAAUGGAGUCCUUUUUAUCU